ACUCUCCUCAACUUAUCACCCUUCCAAUCUCUCUCUCUCUCCUCUCUCUUUCUCUCUCAUCUAAUUCAUUCUCUUCAACAUGGCAGUGGAACUCAUGGGGUUCCCAAAAUUAGAUGAACAAAAAGCCAUCCAAGAGGCUGCAUCAGAAGGUCUCAAAGGCAUGGAACACCUGAUCCUAACCCUUUCUCAUCAACCUACUCAAUUAAACACUCAACUCACCGAUCUCACCGUCUCCAAGUUCAAAAAACUCAUCUCUUUACUCAACCGAACCGGCCACGCCCGGUUCAGACGAGGCCCGGUUCAAACCCCACCGGUUCAACUUCAACCCACACUUUCUUCAUCUUCUCUUCCUCCUCCUCCUCAACCGAAGCAGUUUCCUUCUCCGCCACCGUCACUGUCACCGCCCCUCGCACCGACACCGAUCUCCAUCCGUCACGCGCCGCCCACCUUUCCCCAACCGCAACACCACAGCCUCACGCUAGAUUUCACAAAACCAAACGACGUCGUUUUAAGCUCAAACGCGAAAAACUCCGUCGUUGAACUUGAAUUCUUGAAAGACACAGCAACGUUCAGCGUUUCUUCAACUUCCUCUUUCAUGUCAUCCGCCAUCACCGGCGACGGUAGCGUCAACGGCAAACAAGGAUCCUCGAUCUUCCUCAAUCCAGCAGCAACACCAGCUAUCUCCGGAGGAAAACCGCCUCUCUCGUCAGCACCGUCAAAGAAACGAUGCCACGAUCACGGCGAACACUCCGACGAUGUCUCCGGCUCAAACAAGUGCCACUGUGUCAAACGAAGGAAAAAUAGGGUGAAGAGAACUGUGAGAGUACCGGCGAUAAGUUCAAAGACAGCCGAUAUACCGCCAGACGAGUAUUCGUGGAGAAAAUAUGGUCAGAAACCGAUUAAGGGUUCACCGUAUCCAAGAGGUUAUUACAAGUGUAGUACUGUGAGAGGGUGUCCAGCGAGGAAACACGUGGAGCGUGCACCGGAUGAUCCAACGAUGCUGAUUGUAACGUACGAAGGGGAGCACAGACACGCGAUUCAAGCCGCGAUGCAGGAGAACGCAGCCGGGAUUGUGGGUUUGGUAUUCGAGUCAACGUAAAAUGGGAAAGACUUUUAUUUUAGUUAGAAAAUUAUGAGUGGGGGCUGCGUUGUAAAUUUGGUUUAUUAUUUUAUAUUUAAUUUAAUAUAUAGAUGCACAAUUGGAAUA